AUGGCUUCUCUGCGCCACCGAGCCUCGAGGCUCAGCAAGAAGCUCGAAGUCCCGGUCGACGAGAACCUGGAUGGAGCAAGACCCACAGCAUGGAACAACCGGGAUCUUGCACCAUUGCCGCCGUCCAGGCGUACUUGGACAGUGUGGGGAUUCCUGGGAUUCUGGGCUGUCAUCCAAUUGAACACGGUUGGAUGGCAGACCGCCAGUUCGCUGCUGUCCCUAGGUUUGAGCGUCUGGGAAGCCAUGAUCGUGACGAUCAUCGCCAAGUUCUGCAUUGCCGCCGUGGCGAUCAGUAAUGGCUGGUGGGGUGCCUUGUGGCAUGUCGGCUUCUCUGUGGGCAAUCGUGCUGUCUGGGGUCUCAGAGGUUCAUACCUGGCUUUGGCUCAGAGAAUCAUGCUGUGCCUGGUAUGGUAUGCCGUGCAAGCUUGGAUCGGCGGCCAGAUGACGGGCGUGAUGCUGUACGCCAUCUUUUCUGGGUACAAGCACAUCCCCAAUACGUUCCCCGAGAGCGCACACAUGACCACGCAGCAAUUCGUCGGCUUCAUUGUCUUCCUCUGCUUCCAGUUUCCUUGCCUCCUGAUCCCUCCCGAGAGGACAGCGAUCCUGUUUCGGUGGGCGAACAUCAUCGUGGCCAUCACCAUGGCGUCGGUCACGAUCUGGGCGCUCUCUACAGCACACGGUGCCGGGCCUCUGCUCACCGCCAACAGCACGCUGACCACGACCAGCGAGAGAGCGUGGGCUAUUAUCCGCGGCAUCACCACCGUCAUCGGCGCAGUGGCCGUGUCCCUGACAAACCAGAGCGACUUCAACCGUUUCGCAAAAACACCGGGUGCGCAGGUUCCCGGCCAGAUUUACUCCACGGUCGUCAUGGGUGCGCUUGUCACUCUCAUGGGCACGUUAAGCACCUCUGCCGCACAGAAGAUCUAUGGCGAAGUGAUCUGGUCUCCUGCGGAACUGGCGAUCCGCUGGAUGCAGGAUGGCUAUACGGCCAAAUCCCGUGCAGGAGCCUUCUUCGCCGGACUGGGGUUCUUCAUCUCCCAGCUCAGCAUCAACACCGUCGACAACGCUUGGCCAGGCGGAUUUGACCUGGCCGCACUGUUUCCGCGGUGGAUCAACAUCCGUCGUGGUGCCAUCAUCACGUUCGUGCUCGGUAUCGCGAUCAACCCGUGGCAGCUGGCUGACACCGCCAACACCUUCAUCAAUGUGCUCGACGGGUAUAGCGUCUUCCUGGGUCCCAUGACGGGCAUGAUGGUCUGCGACUUCUGGGUCGUCCGCGCCAGGAAGCUGAAGCUCUCCGACUUGUACAUCCCGAACAAGUCGUCCAUCUACUGGUACAGCUAUGGCUUCAACUGGCGGGCGUAUGUCUCGUGGCUUAUCGGCAUGGCGCCCGCGUUACCUGGCUUCAUCAACGCGGUCAACCCGUCAAUCAAAGUCCCCAAAGGCGCACAGGAGAUCUUCUACCUCGCAUAUAUUGAGGGCUUUGCCUUGGCGUUUGUCGUCCACUAUGUGUUGAAUCGGUUGUUCCCUGUGCCGGGGCUGGGAGAGAUUGACGAAGAGGACAUAUUUGCCACGUUCACUGCGGACGAGGCGCGCAAGUUGGGUGUGUUGCCUCAUCCACGGCUGCUAGAGGGGAUAGAGGUGCAUGAAGGAGAAGUCUCACCGUCAGAGGAUGUCACCGAGACAAAGGUUGUCGUUGUCGGGGAGAAGUAG